GGGGAAGGAAGAGCGACAGAAACAGUGUGAGAGAGAGCGACAGAGAGGCGUGAGGCAUGAGGUGAAAGAAAAGAGGAAAUGAGAAAUUUACAACGAGAAGGAGGAAGGGUUUUGAGAGCAGAGUGUCUAACUAACAUGAGGGUAAAGGAUUGAACUGCUGAGCAGACGCUACCAUCCGUCUGUCCGUCCACCUGCAGACAUGUCCUCUCGGGGUGAUAGUAAGACAGCUUCCCAGUUUGUGUCUCUCACCUUGAAGCUGAAGGGAAAGAUCCAGUCACAGACGGUCAGACGCUUUGAACGAAUCAAACCCUCCCCAACACUAAAGGUUAAACCACCGGAUCUGAACUUGGAGCAACACCAGAUUGUACAACAUAAGGCGGUGUCUGGGUUAGCAGACCAGGAGCGAGCCGUCGUCAGCUCUCUGCAGUACUUCAAAGCUCUUGUGGACAGUCUCGGAAUGGACAAGAUGGUUCAGGACCAGUCUGUGGUGGGCCGUCUGCUGGGUGGAGCCUCUGGCGGAGUCCUUGAGGCGGUCCAGACUCUGGUCCAGCUGGAGCCACACCUGCACAAGAGUAAGACCAUCUCUUCCUGUCUCGCUCGUCUUUACCAGUCUGUGGCUGAGCUGGUUCAAUGGGUUGAUAAGGUGAUGUUUCAAGGAGUCGCCCGUGACAACAAGGAGUCUAAAGAAAGUGUCACCAAGGUGAUCAGAGCAGUGCUGGAUGGAGUAAAGGAACUGGUUCGAUUGGCUUCAGAGAGACAAGAAGGCUCCACACCCUUGUCUCCUGUCCAGUCACAAGCUGAUGUGGACCUCCCUGAUGGUUUGGACAGUACACUGAAGUCAGGCAGGACUUCUACCUGCCAGAGUCCAGGAGCUCCUGCAAAAGAAGAUGAGGAGUGGGUGAACUCAGAGAGGAGUGAGGAGCUUAUAGUGUUGGCGCCUCCGAAACCACCAAUGCCCUUCCAAGAGCCGCUAGUGAUGCCCCCACUGGGACUGAGUCCCCCAGCAUUGCCUCCAAAAAAACGCCAAUCUUUACCUGGCUCCACCUCCUGCAAGGUUGCCAUAGUAGUGCCAAUGAGGCGAGAACCUGAGGUUAAAAGCCAGUUUCAGUGGGAGGAGGAGUACUCUAAACGCUGCUCUUCUUCAUCUGCUGACUCCUCUGCAGAGAAAACUCACAGUGAGGAGGAUCCAGACUAUGAAUUCCUCCACACUGACCUCUCCUCCUCAGAGACACUCCCUCCUCUUCCUACCCCCGCCUCCCUUCCACCUGCCCUGCCAGAGAAGAGACGUCGCAGCACUGCAGGGAACACCAACUCUCAGACUUCCUCUUCUUUUGGAUUUGACUCCGCUGUUCCUGAGCAGAGCUCCUCCCACCCCGAUGACCUCACUGCUCCUGAUGAGACUCUGUCGUCCCCUCUUUACCCCAGCAAGAUGCCUCCUCCCCUCCCUGAGAAAAAGCGACACAUUGAUCAGUACCUCAAGGUUUUUGAGUCCUACAGUGGCCAGUCACCAGCCAACUUUUACCAGCCACCUUUAACCGUCUCUGAGCGUUACAGCAGCAGGCAACGAGAGGUGGAGACCACCUACCAGCUCACACACCUGGAUGCACACCUAGAGAUGUGUAUACCAGACUCCACCCCCUCACCUGAGCUGCUUCCUGUUCCAAUCCUACCACCAAAGAAGAAACAGCAGGAUACUGCUGAAACCAACUGUCAACAUGGCGAUCACCAGCCCAGAGACAGGUCCCAGAGUCUCCAGCAGGAAGAAGAGCAUUGCCAGAGGAGCACUGAGGAGCUCAAGAACACAGAGGAGGUGUUACUUACUGACCUGCAGCAAAUCCGUCAAAGAAUCACAAUGAAAAAUGAGGAGGAGGAGGGGCCUGAUGUGAAAGCAGCCUCUCCUGACAUUCUAUUGGUCUAUGCCACAGAGACUGACAGAAGCAAUGACCAGGGAUUAUACCGCGAAGCCUUCCUUUCCACUUACAGAAGCUUCAUCAGCCCGAAUGAAGUAAUCCACAAAUUACAAGGCAGGUACAGACACUUUUGCAAAGGAUGUGAGCCUGCAGAUCUGACAGCCGCCAAGAAGACUUUUCACCUUCUGAUCAGAGUGGUCGACGAGCUGUGUGCAAUAGAACUGGAGCCUGAUUUGCUGCUGCUGUUGAUGGACCUGGUAUUCAUGCUCCUAAUCGGUGGAGAGCUGGGACCAGCACACCUUCUGAGAUCUAAUAUCCUGUCCAAGAUGGAGCAGAGGUGGCAGCUGAUUGGCUCACCACAAUCAUUACGCCCUCUUGCAGCUAGGGGUGUAGCUGCAAGGCCAGGAACUCUUCUAGACUUCAGGAGUCAGGAUUUAGCUGAACAGUUGACGCUGCUGGAUUCGGCGCUUUUCUACAAAAUUGAGCUUCCAGAGGUGUUGCUGUGGUCUAAAGAGCAGAAUGAGGAGAGAAGUCCAAACCUGACACAGUUCACACAACACUUCAACAAUGUUUCUUACUGGGUGCGUUCUGUCAUCAUUCUUCAAGACAAACCACAAGACAGAGAGAAAUUGUUCCUGAAAUUCUUGAAAAUUAUGAAGCACCUGCGGAAGCUAAACAACUUUAACUCAUACCUGUCCAUUCUGUCAGCGCUUGACUCGGCCCCAUUGCGACGUCUGGACUGGCAGAGAAGCACAGCUGAGGCUCUUGAGGAGUACAGCUCGUUGAUUGACAGCUCUUCGUCUUUCAGAGCCUACAGGGCAGCGCUAGCUGAAGUGGACCCCCCCUGUAUACCCUACCUGGGUUUGAUUCUUCAGGACUUGACCUUUGUCCAUCUAGGGAAUCCAGACACGUUGGUGCUAUCUCAGGGAUCAGGGGUCAACUUCUCCAAACGCUGGCAGCAGUUUAACAUCCUGGACACCCUGAGGACAUAUCAGCAAGCUCAUUACUCUCUGCAGCCAAAUGAUGAAAUCAUAUCAUUUUUUAAUGACUUCAGCGACCACCUGGCAGAGGAAGCACUGUGGGAGCUCUCUCUCAGGCUCCGCCCACGGAAUGCCCCACGUGUCAAUCAAAGAUGACAGUUAAACCAGGACAAAUUUAGCCUGUCAAUCUGGACCAGCAAAAGCCAGACCUUUGCUAGCUCAAAGUUAAUGAGGAUGACAUGCAAGGUGAUAACAGUUACCCAACUCUGCUAGAAGGGUGUUGCUCUUGUAUUUGUGUUUCAGAAACAAAUACUAGUUCUUCAAAUACAGGGCUAAUCAUGGCUAAAGGGUGCUAAAGUGUGUGGGUCUGGGCUGCAACAAAACAAGCAGUAAGAAGUGUUCCAAAAAGAACCUUUGUUAGCAGAGGUUAGCAAAGUGGUAAUAUGAGCGCACUUGUAGUCCAUGUAGAUGUGGCCUCUUCCUUUGUCUGACCUCAGAACUGUACAUGUGUUCAUAGUACUACUGUAAUAAACUCCUUUUAUUUUAAUGGUUUUGGUACGAAAUUGAACCAAACUCAGACACGUUGUUGCUACAAUUUCUGAUUACCCAAGAUUCUGACCCUAGGCUGAAGGAGAAAGCUGUGAUGAAGCUGUGCAAUAUCUAUUUAAAUGCAUAAUGUUCCUUCUGAUAUCAAACUGGUCGAGAUUAUUCCACUUUUUAAAUCAAGUGAUCCCAGAUAUUUUACUAAUUUCCCAUCCUAUGUCAGAAUAAAGCAUUCUUAAACAUUUGAACAGGUAUAAUGCACUGUAUAAAAACCAGUAUGGAUCUGGCAAACCCCUUUGCCUAUAUUGCCCUUUUACAACUAUUGUAGGAAAUUCAUACUGCAGAAAGUUUUAGAAUAGAAAGUUUGCAUGUGGUAUUUUUCUAGAUCUCUCAAAUGAUUCUGAUGCUGGUAAUCAGAAUAUUUUACAUGCAAAACUGUAUAUGGAUUUCAUGGCAAUCUUCUAAGGAGGCUCAGUUAUUAUGUAUGUCAUAGACAGCAGUAUGUAAUUUUAAUUGUAUAGAGUCUGAAAGGGCUAUGAUACACUGUGGUGUACCUGAAAGUUCCAUUUUAAGAUCUUUUUUUUUUCUAAUCAGCAUUAACAAUAUUGCAUCUGUGUAAAUUACAAUAUAUCCAUUAUCAUUUGCAGAUCAUACUAAUUUAGUCAUCUAAUAAGCAAUUAUCAGUUCUAAUGAAUGAAGUAAGCAACAGCCUUCUAGAAGAUUUAACAUGAUAUCAAACAGGUAAAUUGACUUUAGAUGUUUAAAAAAAUCAUUUCAUGGGUGCCAGUUUAGUUCAGUUGGUAGCGCAGGUCGUGGGAUCAGUGCACAAAGUUCUCCCUAUACCUUAGAGCAGUGGUUCUCAACUGGUCUGGCCUCAGGACCCACCAGUCUGUCAUACAACAGAUCACAGCCCAAGUUUCCAAAAAAAUGUUCAACAAUGCAUGUUUAGUUAAUUG